AUGUUAUUACUAAAAAAAAAAACAUCUCGUGAUGGUGAAUUAACAGCUGAAGGUAAAGAUUUCGAUCAAUCUAUUUGCAACGCAAGAGCAGCUAUUGAAAGCAUUAAUCAAUGUCUUAAAAAAUUUGCUAUUUUAGGAAAUGCUUAUAGAGGACCUAAUGAUGAUAUUGACAAAAUUUCUACAAUUGGACAUAUUGUUUCUGCACUAUGUGCUAUGGGUAUUUUUACAUACUAUAAGGUUGGCGCCAUGUUAUACAAUGCUUAUGAGGAUGGUUGGUUCGAUCCUUUGCUCAAUGGUGUCGCCAAUAAUUAUCCAAAAUAUUAUAAUAAAUUUAAUCGAUAUCUGCAGUAUCCCAUGGGAUAUCCUUCGUACCGUUAUACUCAUACUUCACCAAGAUUUAGCCCUUAUUAA